AUGCUGUCGAGACCGGGGAAAGGGGUUGCUGGGCAACCAGGGACUGCAAACUCUUCCAUGAAGGAGAUGUUUACCAAAGAGUUGGACCAAUGGAUAAAACAGCUGAAAGAUUGUAAACUCCUCAACGAGAAGCAAGUGCACACUCUAUGCGAGAAGGCUAAGGAAGUCCUAAUGAAAGAGUCAAACGUUCAGAACGUCUCUUGUCCCGUUAUUGUCUGUGGCGAUAUCCAUGGUCAAUUUCAUGAUCUUUUGCGUAUCUUUACGAUUGGUGGGAACUUACCAGACAAAUGCUACCUUUUUUUGGGUGAUUAUGUUGACAGAGGCUUGUACUCAGUGGAGACUGUGACUUUACUUGUAUCUUUAAAAGUACAAUAUCCAAAGUCUAUUACAUUAUUGAGAGGAAACCACGAGUCUCGAGAUGUUACUCGAGUUUAUGGUUUUUAUGAUGAAUGCCAAAAGAAGUAUGGAAAUGCCAAUGUCUGGAAAUAUUUUACAAACCUUUUCGAUUAUCUCCCCAUUACAGCUUUAGUUGACAGCCAGAUAUUUUGCGUCCAUGGGGGUCUGUCUCCCUCCAUAGAUACCCUGGAUCAUAUAAGAGCUUUGGAUCGUUUUAAAGAAGUCCCCAUGAGUGGACCAGUCUGUGAUCUGUUAUGGUCUGAUCCAUAUAGUAAUGAGGGAUGGAGGCCCUCUCCAAGAGGGGCUGGGCACACAUUUGGACCAGACAUUUCUCAAAUAUUUAGGCAGGCCAAUGGUCUUUCACUGAUUUCCCGGGGUCACCAACUUGUCGAGCAAGGUUACUUCUGGACUCAUAAUGAAAAGGUGGUAACCAUUUUCAGUGCACCCAAUUAUUGUAACCGUUUUGGGAACCUGGCUGCUAUCAUGGAACUGGAUAAUCCUAGAAAGUACUCCUUCCUACAGUUUGACCAAGCACCUCAAGGGAAGUGUCCCGGCAUUCCACUUCUACCUUUUUCCUAUAGACAACCUUGGGCAAAAUCCGGGGUAAAUAUCAGGGAGUAUUUGCAGAAUAUUUUUAAAAACUCCAAAUAA